AAUUAAUGUAGAUAAAUAAUUAGCAAAUAUUGUAAUGUCGUAUAUGUUUGGUACUUAACCAAUCUAAAUGACAGAUACAGUAUUUAUAUCUAAAUUGUGUUUUGAAAUUUAGAAAGAAAAUUUGUUUGUAGCACCUAUUCAUAAAGCUAAUUAUGCAACGUCUCGUCCGGAUGGAUAACUCAUGUAGUGCGCUCCCCUGCGCAAGCAUUAACAGGCGAUUUUAAAAGACUGAGAAAGCGCGCGCGUGUCGCGCCACCGCCGCGCGCUCGGGUCCCCGCCGCGCGUGUGCUUCAUUGUUUUCCUGUUGUGCACAGCGUUAACAGUGCGUUUAGUUUUUGAUCCUUGUUAAGAAUAAUUUACUCUAGCCAGAUGGGUAAAUCCGAUCGUAAAUCAAGGAAGAGAAAGAGGUCCGAGUCUAGAGACCGUUUUGCAGGAUUGGAAGAUAAGUUAUCGCAUCUUAUCGAGAUUUUAUCCAGGAGUGAGGUUAGGGUCCCCCGCGGCUCUUCCUCUUUGUCAUUUUCGCAGUCGGAACAGACGUCCCAGGAGGUUCGGGAGGUAAGCGACGAGGAAACUUCAAGGGUCAGCUUGAAGGAUGAAAGCGAUAAUGAUCCGGAAUCCAUCUCGAUAGUUCGAGAGAGGUUGAAAGAUCCACACGUCUCAGCAACGGUGAUUAACCCGUCAACGGAAGAAUCACCUUCUUCGCCUCCUCCGGCAAACGCUGCGGCCCCGGCUUCCACGGGGCCUGACGAGGUUUCGGUGGAUCUUUCCAAGGAUCUGUUCGGACCCGAUUCAGAGGCAACGGACCUUCGACCUUGGAACAAUAUGGUUAGCCAGAAAUGGACUGACCUUACCCGUAAGGGUUUGCCUACGAGUCAGCGGGAGGUCUUACUCAAAAAGUAUUCUCCCCCCGAAGAUUUCGCUUUCCUCAGGGCUCCCAAACUCAACCUUGAGUGUAAAUCGGCAUUAAAAAACAAUGUCAUAGUUAAAAGGGACGAGUACAGCUGUUUAAAUCAAAAUCAGGUAGGUACCGCCCUGUUCGCCUUAGGAGAAGCAAUAUCUGACCUCCUCAGACCAGAAAUACAGCAAUUUCUCAACCCGGACGUUCGAAUGGCAAUUAGUAAAAUCGCUGACGGCGCUCAGCUCUUGGCGGAUCUUUUCUAUCGCCUCUCUUUGUCACGAAGAGCCCUGAUAAAACCGGCCUUUAAUACCUUGGCCAAGUCCACUGCAGACGCCAUUCCUGCGGACAACUUUCUGUUUGGCUCUUCCUUUGGUGAAGAAAUAAAAAAGGCAACAUCAAUGGAGAAAUCGGCCAGGGAUAUUGUUAGCACAUCCUUGACGAUCUCCAAGAGGGUGCAGCAACCAAUUAAAUUACCGGCACAGACGGCUCCAUCCACGUCGGGAAACUCCCGAGCCCCUGCUUCGAAAACGAAACCGUCGGCGACAAGGAGAACAGGGGCGUCGAGCAGCAGUCGCCGAUCGUCGGUCUAUCAGAGAUCGAGGUCGAGGAGGCGUUAGUUGACAGCCAGAGAGAUUCAUCCGGCUUGGGACAGGAUUACCCUGGCAGCUGCGAGAUUAUCCGCCAGGCCUUCAUAGCCAAAGGUACACCGACAUCGGCAAUGGAGGUAACACUUGCGUCCAUCACGCAAGCCACGAAGAC